AUGAAGACGACCACUGCCUUGCUUGCUGCUGUCGCCGCGACAGUCGCCACCGGUCGUCCGACGGUCGACAAUCGGUUCCCUUAUACUGGACCGGAUGUCCCUGUCGGCGACUGGGUUGAUCCCACCGUCAAUGGCAAUGGGAAAGGUUUCCCCCGACUCGUGGAGCCCCCGGCUGUCAAGCCCUCGUCAGCCAACCCGACAAACAAUGUGAACGUGAUUUCCCUGUCGUAUCUUCCUCGCGGAAUCCAUAUUCACUAUCAGACCCCCUUUGGCUUGGGAGACGCGCCCCAUGUGAAAUGGGGCAAACACCCUCACCAAUUGAAUCGAGUCGCCCGGGGGUUCACGCAUACGUACGACCGGACACCCCCCUGUUCGGCAGUCAAGGCGGUCACCCAGUGCAGCCAGUUCUUCCACGAGGUCUCCCUCGAGCAUUUGGAGUCGGAUACCACGUACUACUAUCAGAUCCCCAGUGCCAAUGGUACCACAGAGUCCGAAGUGUUGAGCUUCACGACGGCUCGGGCCGCUGGUGAUCGGACUCCAUUCAGCGUUGCUGUGCUCAACGAUAUGGGCUACACCAACGCGCAUGGCACCCAUCGUGAAAUUCUCAAGGCUGUCUCGGAGGGAACUGCUUUCGCGUGGCACGGGGGUGACAUCAGUUACGCGGAUGACUGGUACUCCGGUAUCCUUCCCUGCGCUGACGACUGGCCCGUGUGUUAUAACGGCACCGGCACGACUCUUCCCGGAGGAGGUCCUAUCCCUGACGAGUACAAGACUCCUCUUCCCGCUGGAGAAGUCCCUAACCAGGGAACCCCUCGAGGCGGUGAUAUGAGUGUACUGUAUGAAUCAAACUGGGACCUCUGGCAGCAGUGGAUGGGAGACAUCACCCGCAAGAUCCCUUACAUGGUAGUUCCUGGUAACCAUGAAGCGGCCUGCGCCGAGUUCGAUGGCCCUGGAAAUAUCCUCACGGCCUAUUUGAACGACGAUAUCUCGAACGGUACUGCCCCAAAGUCUAACCUGACUUACUACAGCUGCCCUCCUUCGCAGAGAAAUUUCACGGCCUACCAGAACCGGUUCUACAUGCCUGGUGCCGAAACAGGCGGUGUCGGCAAUUUCUGGUAUUCGUUCGACUAUGGCCUCGCCCACUUCGUUAGUAUUGACGGCGAGACCGACUUCGCGAAUAGCCCCGAGUGGUCUUUCGACAGGGACGUGAAGGGUGACGAAAAGCUGCCCUCGGCCUCUGAGACCUUCAUUACCGACAGCGGGCCCUUUGGGGCGAUCGAGGGCAGCAUCAAGGACACAAAGUCCUAUGCCCAGUACAAGUGGCUGCAACAGGAUCUGGCUAGUGUGGACCGCCGCAAGACCCCUUGGGUGAUUGUCAUGAGCCAUCGUCCCAUGUAUAGUUCCGCGUCGUCUUCCUACCAGAAGAACGUGCGUGACGCCUUUGAGGGUCUUCUGCUUCAGUACGGCGUGGACGCGUAUCUGUCAGGCCACAUCCACUGGUACGAACGCCUCUUCCCUCUCGGCGCAAAUGGUACCAUUGACGCGCACUCGAUUGUCAACAACCAUACCUAUUACGCCAACCCCGGCAAGUCCAUGACCCACCUCGUGAACGGCAUGGCGGGUAACCUGGAGAGCCACAGCGAGUUCAGCAAGGGGCAGGGUCUCACUAACAUCACUGCCGUCCUUGACAAGACGCAUUACGGCUUCAGCAAGCUGUCCAUUUUGAGCGAGAAGGAGUUGAAGUGGGAAUUCAUCCGUGGAGACGAUGGAUCCGUUGGUGAUUCCCUGACAUUGUUGAAGCCUAAAGGUGGCCAUGGGUUGUCGUCCAAGGACCAUUAG